GUGAAAGUGUGGGCAAAAUGAGCAAAAAUACACUCCUCCAGAUGCUUCAGCUACAAGGAGUUGAAUAACAAAAACAUUUAAUAAAACCCAUUUAGUGUCUUUUCUACCACACCUUGCUAAACGUAAGUACCAAUAUCAUACGUACGUCACAAGGCGUGUCUUUUCUACCACACCCUGCUAAACGUAAGUACCAAUAUCAUACGUACGUCACAAGGCGUGUCUUUUCUACCACACCCUGCUAAACGUAAGUACAUAUAUCAUACGUACGUCACAAGGCGCGUCUUUUCUACCACACCCUGCUAAACGUAAGUACAUACAUCAUACGUACGUCACAAGGCGUGUCUUUUCUAGCACACCCUGCUAAACGUAAGUACCAAUAUCAUACGUACGUCACAAGGCGUGUCUUUUCUACCACACCCUGCUAAACGUAAGUACAUAUAUCAUACGUACGUCACAAGGCGUCUUUGUAACACAAACAAACGUAACACAGUACAUGCAUGACAAGCACAUCUGUUUAAAGUUGUCAUUCGAGUCUUUUGUCCGUCCAUCGCCUUAUCAUGAGGUCACAUACCAUAGUAGGAAGUACGCUUCAACCAUUGUCUUGCUGUUGUGACCGCGAAACGCAUUCUUAACUUAUUUCUAACGAAAACAAACACUAUGCACAUGGCUGAGACAUAAGGGAGUGCGCGCCUGAUCAACAAUUGGCCACGAAACUCUGAGUCUAGCCUACGUAUGACUCGCUUCAAACAGAAGUUAGAAAUAAGUAAGAUUUCUCCUUCCCUAAAAAAAUUAUACUCUUUUGCCCUAUAUUGUUUUAUCAAAUAUGAUCAAAUAUUCUAUUUUUCCCCAUUUCUUUGUUUUACUUCUUGUGAUGUUUAAAUGCGUUGUUUGUUAAGAGCUCUCCAAAGACAUAUGCCAUCAAGGGGUCUGCCUCCAUGGAAGAUGUGAAAAUCUUGGCCAGGGCAGAUUCAAGUGCCAUUGCAAUCCGGGAUACGAAGGCAAACACUGUGAAAAAGUUAAGUACCGAUGGUGCGCAGUCAUAGGUAUCAAAUGCAAAAAAAAGGCUGCUAGUAUAUGACGAUCGUUCAAUAAAAAUGAUAACUUGGAGUAGAUUAUUCAUAGGAAUCAUAUGGAAAAAGGGAUAGUAUUUGACGGUCCUUCAAUAAACAAUAGUGUCCCACUUUUGGAGGCCAAAGGGGUGGGGACGCCUUUGGGCCCACUUUAAAGUUUUGGGUAAUAGAGAGGCUUACUGCAGUUUGGUCGGGGGGCUUGGUAUGGACUUUUCAUGGUUUACAAUAUAUUUGUUCUAGAUUUAAAGCAAUUUACUGUAACGCGCAUUUGUUGCCAGGGAUCGACCAUUGCGUCAGUACUCCGUGUAUGAAUGGUGGGACGUGCAUUAAUAAGCUUUUAAUGUAUGUCUGCGAUUGCAUGCCGUAUUAUGGAGGAUACAACUGUGAACACGCCCCGUUCCUUGUCUCAAGGUGCCCAACUAGCACAUCUGGCGACAUAACAUAUCAACCAGAUAAAUGGGAGAAAAUUGCCUUUAGAACCAAUAAAGACAUGUAUGUCGUAGCCAUCUGCGUACACGGGGAUAUGACCAAGACAAAGGAGACAACGUUCGACAUAACCUUUCGAUUACGAUACCCUGAAACAACCACUGUGAUAAGAGAGAAGUCUGGACGGUACACUAUCAGUACGGACUACACACUGAAGUGUCCAAGUCUUGUGCCGUAUUUCAGACUGAUAGCGGGCACGACGUACAUUGCCGAGCUACAGGUGGUUGGUGGUGACAUGACCGUUAACAAGCGCGUUGGGUGCUAUCCUGAUCAGGAGUACGACUGGGGAGACGCCCUGUACCCCGACGAAACGGUUCAUAUCUGGUGGUUUGACGUAUCGGCUAGUGAACAGGUUGAUGCCGGAAUCACAAACCAAAACGAGGGUUCAGUUCCAGUUCUGAAAAUGCAAUUUACUACCGUACAAACUUGAGGGCGCAGAUGUGUUCUUUUCAAGUUUGAUUUAAGUUAUACAAACCUAUAUUUGACUGUUUGUAUGAUGUCAUACCAAGGGGAUAGUGUUCACUUACCUUUCUUUGGAGCAGACGGAGGUGACACUGGUCUUGCUCUCCGAGGCUCUAGCUAUCAAGAGCCAACUGUAUAAUGCAAAGACAUAAUUUCUAGGCA